AUGUCCGAGCAGAUGGAUGUCGGAAAUAACAUCCUGCCGGCAAAGGGCUCUAAUUCACUCGCAACGAAGAUUACAGCUGUCCUUUCUACAUCGUUUUCUGAUACGGAGUUUCGUGAAGCCCUCACCCUGAUUGACCAGCAAGGAUUUGCAAAUGAUGCGAGAAAUCGGAGACAGAUCAGGAUCAACCUUCAAAAAGAAGUUAUAGACAGCAAUGGGACCAUAAUUGACAACUUUGGCCGAGUUUCAGAGGCGGAGUAUGAGGGCAUCAAGACUCAGGUAGCCCUAGCUCAAUCAGAAACGUCACCUACUCUCCGCGAAGCCGCAUCUCUAUUAGAAAAACGUGAAGAAGUUUUCACAAAGCAGCGCGUCCUAUCAGCAUUUAAGGAAUAUUUUCUUCUGACUGAACCAGAGCUUGUGGCAUUGACAUCAACCGCCGAGCCCGUCGACGAGCGGUUUUUCGACGCCCUGUCCAAGGCAAGGAAAAUUAGUAAGGAUUGCGAGAUCCUACUUGGGCUUCAGGAGCAGACACUUGGUUUAGAUUUGAUGGAGCAAACAUCUAAACAUCUCAAUUUCGGGUUUCAAAAAUUAUACAAAUGGACUCAAAGAGGGUUCAAGACACUGGACCUUGAGAAUCCACAUAUGAACACAUCUAUUCGACAAGCUCUCAGAGUCUUGGCAGAGCGGCCAUCUCUUUUUCAAAACUGCCUUAAUUUCUUCGCAGAAGCCAGAGAGCGCAUCCUUUCAGAAGCGUUCCACACCGCUCUGACCGGCACAACUUCGUCCGGUAUUGAUGAUGCUUCUGUCAAACCGAUUGACGCUGCAGCGCAUGACAUGUUGCGUUACGUGGGAGACAUGUUAGCAUGGGUGCACUCAGCUACCGUAAGCGAGCGUGAAGCUCUCGAGAUCCUAUUUAUCUCUGAGGGCGAAGAGCUUGCUAAGGGUCUAAGAGAAGGAAGGGAUGCCGAGGUUUGGCGCCUUGUCGCAGAUGAUGAGGGAAAAGAUAGCGAGUUCAAUGCUCUUGCGGCUCUCAAUGACCUAGUCGACAGAGACGUCGCUGGAGUCACGAGGCUGGUUCGCCAGCGCGUCGAGCAGGUAGUUCAAGCGAACGAGGAGAUUUUACCGGCAUACAAACUUGCAACCCUCCUUGGCUUUUACGGUCUGACGUUUGAAAAGCUGCUCGGAUCAGCUUCGUUUCUUUCCGAGUGUAUCCACAGCUUAGAGAUGCAGGCGUUUCGGCAGUUCCGAUCCUUGCUCAAAGAUAAUAUCGCCAUCAUGCAGACGAACUCUGAAAACAUCCCUGUGGAUCUUGCGCCGCCUUUGUUCUUCAGUCGUGCGUUAGAUCAGCUCGAUGCCAUUAUGCAUACUUACGACUCAUCACUAUCGUCGACUGACUUUCGUGGAAACGAGGUUGAAAGUGUGCUUGCGGACGCCCUCGAGCCAUUCAUAUCUGCAUGUGAUAUCAUGGCGAAGUCGAUGAAACCGCUGAAGGCGGCAAUCUUUACUGUCAAUUUCAAUCUUGCUGCCUACAAAUGUCUUGCCAAGUUCGAUUUCGCAAAGGAACGAGCAGAAGAUAUUCGCAUCAAUAUCCGAGAAGCAUCAACAAGGAUUGUACAAAGUCAAUACGAGUUCUUCCGUGGUCAAUCUGGUUUAGAAUCUUUGUUCAAUAACAUUAAUGAUUCUCAGGAUGCGGGCGGCUCUUGUCUAGACCGCGACAUACUGACCAAAGCCAGUCAGCAACUGGACGAGUUUCUACCGUCCGCCCUAAUGGAUGCUAUCGAUAGGGUCAAGUGUGUGCAAGACACGAUAUUGGCCCACCAAAUGACUGAGGAAGCCGCAGAUUUAUUCUGCAAGGAUUUUGAGAAACUCGAGCUGGAGAUCGACAAGAAGGAUUCCAACAUAGCGGUCAAUGACGCGGGCUCUUUGCGAUCACGAUUUCCUCGUACAUCUGCAGAAAUACGCGUUUUACUAUCCUGA